ACAUGAGCUGUGUGAGUCUCGGAUCACCGCAUAGCAGCAAAGCUCAGGUUCCGAUCUAGUCCGAUGGCGUGCAUUGCGAGGCUUCACUGGACAAGGCGGACCCUAACGAUCAGCGUGGGCUCCUCUGCUUGGUGUGAUUUCAGCCGCUAAGACCGCGACAGUGUGGAUCAUGAAGAUGGUGCUACGCCACACCACCCAAUGGCUUGUGGCUCCUGAUCCGCGCGUUGAGGAGUUGAUGAAGAAAUGCUGCGACAUACGCUAUCUACGCACCUUCGACGCUCGCCUCAUCGCUCGUGACCCUCUCACCUUUUCGGGAGAGACCAUCUCGGCAUUCUGCGAUUGGAAGGAACACUUGGACCAUGCAGCAUACUGCCGCGAGCAUUUCCACAGCUUCGUCAUGUGGCCACUCGAGUGCGAAGUAGAAGUCGACACCUGUCGGGUCAUACAGGGCCGUUUGGAAUCCAACAAAAAGUGUCAGUGGCGCGACAAGGCAGAGGAAAUGUUCCUAGAGCACCCGGACGACUGCUCUGAAGGCUGGGAUUCGGACUCAGAUACAUUGUGACAGCAGACUUCGACCGCAUUUCUAGAUGCGUAGCUUGACCUGGCCGCAAAUGGUGUAGGCAGACA